AUGGGACUAUCACCCACUCUCAAGCUCGGCCUUUUCGCUGCUCUGGUCUCCUACCUGGCUGGCCCUGUCAGUCACAUCGUACGGAUCAGUGGCGUCUUUCUUACGCCCAACCCGACAGUACUAGGCGAAGGUCAGGGUCCCAUCUACAUAGCUGAUACCGUCCAUUGUGAGGAUGUGCAUCACUACCGUCCCGCAAACUUGCUAUUCACUGCGUGUGAAGACCACAAGAGCACUCGAUUCAGCUGGUUCCCACCCCUCGGACACAUGGCACAGCCGAGCACCCGCGGCUCUCUCCACGUUGUGGAUCCCAAGACCAUGAAAUCAAGUCGUCUGGCAUUCUCCAACUUUGAAGGCCCCUUCACAACUCAUGGUAUUGAUGUCAUCGAGGAUCCAGACGCAAAUGCUGUCUAUAUUUUCGCCGUUAAUCACCUCCCUAACCCGGCUUAUUUCGAAGCCGGCGAGCCGGAAGGCGUGCACAAGGCCCGCUCCCAGAUCGAGCUCUUCCACCAUGUCCUAGGGUCCUCGACGGCACAGCAUGUGCGCUCGAUCUACCAUCCACUCGUUGAGACCCCCAAUGACGUCUACGCGGAGAGUCCAGUCUCAUUCUACGUCACCAAUGACCAUUUCUACCGCGACGGUGUCAUGCGUAUGGUGGAGGACCUCUGGCCUUCUGCGAAAUGGUCAAAUAUCAUUCAUGUACAGGUUGAUAACCUGAGCAAGGAAGGCAAUGUUAAUGCCUCUGUUGCUCUGACAGGACUCUGGAAUAACAAUGGCCUCGGCCACGGACGCACAGACAAGGAAAUGAUCAUUUCCAGUGCUGUUGGCGGCGAGCUCUACGUCUCUGCUCCGCAGUCAAACCGUACCAUUGAGAUCCAGGAGACGAUUCCCUUUGAGACCGUCACCGAUAAUCCCAGUUACUAUGCGGAUCCUUACCGCACAGAUGACGAUGAUGCCAGCGGCUUUGUUGUCGCCGGUAUCUCGCAGGCUAUCUACUUGCCCACCAACGCUAAGAAUGAGGAUGCCACUGAUGCCUCGCAGGUGUGGUAUACCAGAUUCCUGCCGGAUACCAGUGUCUGGGAGAGGAAAUUAUUGUUCGAGGAUGAUGGGCUGCGAAUCCGGACUGCCAGUGCGGCUGUUUUGGUCCCCAUUGAGCCAAAGGGUGGCAAGAAGCUGGCUUGGCUGUUUGUCACUGGGUUCAUGUCAGAGAAUAUGAUCGCUGUGCAGGUCGAGCUGUAG